GGUGCAGGUCUUAUGAUGCUGCGGAAGUGUCUCUACCAGGCUGUCGCGGGGAACAGGCACUACAUGACAUCUUGCUUGAAUAAAAUUGGAGAAGACCUGACCUGCUUUGAUUCGACUAUGGAACGGGAAAAGGAUCUAAGGCGCAGCCAGUCUUUGAAGAGUCUCCCCUCGCAGUCUGACAAGGCGAUCUGGACAGAUGCAGGACUGCAGGACAGGACGAUAUCUGUGUCCCAGCUAGUGGCCAGGUAUCAAACUACAGUGAAAAAAAGGACAUCAAGUCAACCUGCGCCAGAGAAUAAUGUUGAAGGAAAUACAAAGAAACCACUAAUGGAGAUGACUCCAUCUCCCCUGCACAGCAGAGAGAAUCAUCUGGAGUCCCUUCUGAAGAGAAAUGAAGAGCGGGAGAGAGCUCGGGCCACAACCACCCUGACCCGCAGUAAAUCAGUGGGUAGCCUCCAAAACAGCACUGGGUCCAUAGAGGCCUUGAAGGCUCUUUUUGAGUUGAAGGCAACGGCUAAGCUGAAACCAAAGAGCAGUUUUAGAACUGGAAACGUAGCAUUAAGUUACGCUGUGGACGAGCCAGAGAUGAAUGGAGAGACUGAGGAUGUGCAGAGUGCUACAGAGGAGCAGAAAAAACCUGCUGAAAAGAAAACUAAAAAGGAGCCAAAAGAUGAUUUUCUGACUCAAAAGGUGGUGAAUCAGACCCAGACAGAGAGGAACAAAACAAUAGCGGGCAUUGAUUUUGAAAAGCUUGCAGCAUCUGAAGCUGAUGAAAAGAGGAGGUCAGCUGCUGACUUCAGAGACAGCUCUUUCAUCCAAACCACAGAGAUACCGUCUGUCUCGGUCAAAGCUAUGUCUGCUCUCUAUAUGUCAAAAGUGGCAAAUAAGGAAUCACCAGACAGGCCUUCUAAAGUGGAAAAGGAUCAAGCUCAACCACAAGAUUUGGGAAAGUGGACCAAGAUAACUAAGUUUCAACCAACUUCUCGAGAGAUGUGCUCAGCCUGUCAGAAGCCAGUUUAUCAGAUGGAAAAAGUCACAGCAGACAAAUAUAUUUUUCACAAAACGUGCUUCUGCUGCAAACAGUGCAAGAAAAAACUAAGCAUGCAAACUUACACACCUUUGAAUGGUGAAUUCUACUGCAUAUUUCACUACCAACAACUGUUCAAACGAAAGGGGAAUUAUGAUGAGGGCUUUGGACACUCUCAGCACAAGAACAAAUGGCUGUUCAAGAAUUCAUCCAGCACAGUGAAUGAUGAAUCUGAGGCGUAACUCUGCAAUGUGAAACCAAUGAGUGACGAUGACAGCACAGACAAUCCUAAUGAAGAUGUUUGAGGCAGCUUGUUCAACGGAGUGCAACAGAAUUGCACAGGCAUAUAAACUGCACGAUAAUUAAUGUUAGACAACAUAUCAUAAAAUCUGCUAAUUAUUUUUUUAAAUGUCUUGCUUUGUGUUGAGACACAUGUAAUUGCAAUCUGUUAUUCAUUUUAUAUUCAGCUUCAUUGUGCUUUUCUUAGUUUAAAACUGCAGCAACAAAUUACUGUAAGGAAGAGCAUAAUAGAGAAACCAAUUACUGCUUGUAAUUACCAGAUAAUCAACAACAUAAAAAUAUCAGGCGAACUUAUGAAGAUUUCCAAAGUGACAUUGUACUUUUUGCAUAUUUAAUUUCGUUCUGCAAAUUUCUGAAGAAUGCUCAUAAAUAAGUAAGCAUUGUUUUGUAAAGUGAUUAUUUUGUACCACUGUAAAUCAUUAUCAACUUUGUGCAGAGAGAAAAAAUUAACAUAAAAUCUAAUUUUAAUUUCCUUGUGUUUCAGUUCAAAGAGACUUUUAUGAACUGUUGCCUCAAUGUUUAAGUGCCUCUAUUUUGUGCAGUUCUGGGUCUGUUACUUUGCUCCCAGUGCCUUCAGGUUUAUUGUUCUUAAAACGCGGCUCAGCUGAUAUUUUACAAGCUUUCACUUGGUCCAGCCAAGCAGUCUACUGUAGUUUGUUGCGUAGUAGAGGUCUGUGAAUUCACAGAUCUGUAAUCUUAAAAGAAAACAUAUCCUGACUUUUUGUAACAUCCAGAUGUUGAAAACAGUUACAUAAUCUUCAAUAUGGGCAUAAAGAAAACUUACGUUGAGACGUACCAGAUACUGUUAAUAUUGUGCCCAGGUGUUUGCCAUCACAGUGAAAUCUCUCCCACAAAGGGUUACUCAUUUACCGUCAGUACAAGACUUUCCCUUCAAGUAAAUGCAAGCUAAUACUAAAAUACUCUUACUUUGAAGUAAGAAAGAAUGCAUUGCAGCAUAAACAACAUGGCGAUGUCUGUGUGUCAACAUUUUAUUAAAAUUUAUAAAAAAUAAACAGCCUACAGUAUUAAUACUGUACUGUUUUUUUUUUACAUAUAAAAUAAAUAUUUCCCCAGUGAAGUCUAUUGUAACUAAUUGUGGAUGCCUUUAGAAGAAAAAAAUAUUCUGCAUGUUAUAUUUUAUGUUUAUAUGGAAACUUUGUGACCUCCCAUGAUGAAAUUUACACAUUUAUGCACAUUGACUACUAAGUGUAGUACUCAGUGUGAUUGACAGCAGAAAGAGCCUAGCCUCACCAUACUCACCAGCAAAGAGAGUACUUCUUCAAGACAUAGGGAUGCCUGCACAUGAAUAAAAGCAAAGUUAAAGUUGUUCAAGACACAAAUGAAAGAUAGUUAUUAUUUUUUUACUAUUUAUUUUGUGCAUUCUCCUGUAACGCUGUUCUCGGCAAUUGUCCACAUAAUUCAUAUCAAAAUUACUGUUAGUCAGAUUAUGACAAUAUGAAAAUGGUGAUUUCAAAUUAAACAAGAAAAUUAGAUCAAAAUAGAUUUAAAGACAAACACUAAAUAAAAAAACAAAGAAUUAACAGAUUAGGAUGAAGCGCAAGUCCAGAACUCCUAUAAUUAGCAAUAACAUUUGAAUUUUCACUAAGGUUUACUCAUUAUUUUUGUUCGCAGUGUUGUAGUGGAUAGACUACAGUGGAGAAUAUGCAACCCAGAGAAGAGCAUUAUAUGUAAGAGCCCACAUGUCUGUAUUCAAACUGUUGCUGAUUUUACAGCGCUCAUUCAAGCUUAUAAGUAUAACUGCUGCCCUGAUGUAACAUUUUUUGCCACAGUGUGGCAAAACAUGGAUGGAAUGACGAAUAUUUUUUGGUUGUUUCAUUAGAGUCUGUUAAAUAUUAUUACCAA